UAUUUAUUUAGUAUAGAUAUUUUACAGUUGGAACACACUUAGAAAAAAAAAAAAAAACCUACCAGCUAGCUUCUUCUACAAAAAGAUUCCGACAUUUUCACGUGUGAAGAUAUAAUGUUUUCCACUAAAGAAGACAGAGGAAGAGCUCUUGAUUAAGGUAGUAUUUCCUAUUUGAAUGAUCAGAACUCUAUUAGCUAAUGUCUGUAAGAAACAAGCAGUUUCUGUAAUUCUUGCCUGCAAAGUAUCAACAGAAGCUUGAGUUUGCUUAGGACUAUCCAAACUUGUCAAAAGAGGAGUGUCAAGAGAUCAACUUGCAAGUUUUGCAGAGAAGUUGUGUGUAAUGGGAUUUCUUGAUCUCUUUGUUGCGGCAUUAAUGCCAGUUCUGAAAGUACUCUUGAUUACUGGACUUGGCUUGUUCUUAGCGCUCGAUCGCAUAGAUCUCCUGGGAGCGAAUGCAAGACACUACAUGAAUAAUCUUGUAUUCUAUCUGUUUGGUCCAGCGCUCGUGGUUAGCCAGCUUGGAGAGACCAUUACUUUCCAAAGUUUGAAUACCUUAUGGUUUAUGCCAGUAAAUAUCCUUCUGACAUUCAUGAUCGGCUCUAUACUGGCUUGGAUUCUCAUUAAAAUCACAAAAACUCCGCCGCACCUCCAAGGCCUUGUCAUUGGUUGCUGUUCUGCUGGAAAUCUGGGGAAUUUGCUUCUGAUUAUUGUUCCUGCAGUCUGCAUGGAGUCAAAUAGCCCAUUUGGAGAUUCAACUAUCUGCUCCACUAAUGGAACAACUUAUGCUUCUCUUUCCAUGGCGGUUGGAGCUAUUUAUAUAUGGACCUAUGUGUAUAUUAUCAUGAGGAUAUAUUCAGAUAAGAGUGCUGAAGAUACUGAUACAAAUCAACCCAUAUCAGAUUCUGAAAGUUAUAAAGCGUUACUUCUUUCAAGAAAAAACUCUGGCUCCAGUGGCUGUUCUAAGGAAGAUGAACUUCCUCUAACUAUUUCUGGGGAAAAAUUGACAGUUAUGGAGAAGAUUUUUCAGUCUGUUAAGAAAUUUACAGCAAAGAUCAACCUGAAGAUGGUGUUUGCACCGGCAACAAUUGCAGCGAUUUGUGGGUUUAUAAUUGGCACAGUCUCUCCAAUCCGAAUACUGAUGAUCGGGGAUAGUGCUCCUCUUCGCGUGAUUGAUAGAUCUGCAUCUUUGCUGGGAGAGGCAACAAUUCCAUGCAUGACACUGAUAGUAGGAUCUAACCUUCUCAGAGGUUUAAGAAAAUCAGGAGUGAGUGUAUCAGUCAUUGUAGGGAUUGUAGCUGUGCGAAAUAUUUUCUUGCCACUUAUUGGCAUCGGUAUUGUCAAAGCGGCACAUCAUCUCGGCAUGGUUGAAUCAGACUCCUUGUAUCAGUUUAUCCUUCUGCUUCAAUAUGCACUUCCACCUGCAAUGACAGUAGGGGUUAUUGCACAGCUUUUCAAGGCCGGUGAAGGUGAAUGUUCAGUCAUUAUGCUGUGGAGUUAUGCUUUAUCAGCACUGUCUCUUACCCUCUGGUCAACCUUUUACAUGUGGCUGCUGCAGUAAGCACAAUUAGGGUUCCUUCUAUUCCCUGGAACUACCCUGCCAUGACAAAAUGAGGCCGCCGCAAGCUUAUCUUCAUCCUUCAGGCACAUCGAUCACAUGGGGCAUCAGUAAUUUACUAGUAAAUUAAGCUCAUGAAGCUUUGUUCCAUGAUAUUUAUUUAAUUAUAGCCACCAUAUUAUUUGAUUAAAAUUUGUAGAAUAUAUAGUGUCAAUCAUUUUGGGAUAUGGACAUCUGUGUGCUUAUGAAUUGUGAUUCCACUAUAAUGGAUUUGGGCA